AUGACCGCCUCCACCUUGCCGUCGUCGACGGCGGCGGCAGCGUGGGCCUUCGCCGCCGCCACCUGUGUCAAGCUCCUGCUGGUGCCCACCUACCGCUCCACCGAUUUCGACGUGCACCGCUACUGGCUCGCCCUCACCCACGCGCUCCCGGCGCGGCAGUGGUACACCGACGUCUCCUCCCAGUGGACGCUCGACUACCCGCCCUUCUUCGCCCACUUCUCCCGCCUCCUCUCCCUCCCGGCGCCCCUCGUCGACGCCGCCCUAGUCUCCAUCCCCGUGCCCGACGCGCCGCCCUCCUCAGCAGCCUACCUCCUCUACCUCCGCCUCACCGUCGCCUUCUCGGACCUCCUCCUCCUCGCGUCCGUCCUCCUCCUGGCGACGGACGCUCGCCGGAGGCAGCGGCCGUUCUUCGCUCUCGUGCUCGUCCUCUGGUCGCCCGCGCUGCUUGCCGUCGACCAUGUCCAUUUCCAGUACAACGGGUUUCUGUUGGGGCUGCUGCUGCUUUCUCUGCACCUCCUUGAGCAGGGGAAGGAUCUUGCCGGGGGAGUUGUGUUUGCAGCAUUGCUCUGCUCCAAGCACCUCUUUCUCGUGGCUGCUCCGGUGUAUUUCGUGUACCUGUUCCGGCAUUAUUGCUGUGGCCGGGGUGUGGUCAGAGGCCUUGGGAGGCUGGUUCUCAUGGGAGCUGGAGUGCUUGCUGUUUUCGCCAUGGCAUUUGCGCCCUUUGUGUACUACGGGCAGAUGCAACAACUCUUUAGCCGAUUGUUUCCUUUUGGCCGGGGUCUAUUCCAUGCUUACUGGGCCCCAAACUUUUGGGUAUUCUAUAUAAUACUUGACAAGAUCCUUGCAUUCCUUCUUAGAAGACUAGGAUUUGAUAUCGAGAUGCCUGAAGGAUCAUUUACCAGGGGGCUUGUUGGUGAUUCAUCUCCUUUUGCUGUUCUUCCAAAGGUCACCCCAAUGACUACCUUCUUAUUGGUUAUACUUGCUAUGACUCCUUGUCUUGUGAAAGCAUUCACCAACCCCCAACCAAAACACAUAAUUAGAUGGGUGGCAUAUGCUUGUUCCUGUGGGUUUAUGUUUGGAUGGCAUGUGCACGAGAAGGCAUCACUUCAUUUCACUAUCCCACUUGCCCUAAUUUCCAUGGACAGCUUGGACGAUGUCAGGCAUUACUUUUUGUUAUCAAUAGUUUCGUGUUACUCCCUAUUCCCAUUGUUGUUUGAGAACCAAGAGUACCCUAUAAAGGUGCUGCUGCUGUUGACCUAUGGUGCCCUCAUGUGGGUAGGUUUUUCAUCCCAUUUUGCUGCAAACUCUGCUCGGGAAGGGAAGAAAGUAAACGGAUCAGGCAACCUAGUGAAGAAAAAAUUCACUGGAUGGAUCAGUUUGGGAUAUCUUUCAGGAAUGUUUGCUAUAGAAUUAUGGUCUCGAGUAUUUCAUCACCAUGUGUUUGGCGAUAGACUUCCUUUCCUGCCUCUCAUGAUGGUUUCAGUCUACUGUGGCGUUGGAAUGAUGUACUCAUGGAUGUGGCAGCUCUCAUGGAUUGUCAGGAACACUUGAUAUAAUCUUAGCUGAUCAAAGCCAGCAUUCUUUAUUACCCGUCACAGGCUGAGACUAAUUUUGAUAACUCACCCCUUGACUGAUGAAAUCGGGCAACCAAUGGUACCUACCCAAACUCAUUUUGUGGCAGCAUUAUAGUUCAUACAUUCUGUUUAAAGUGUUAGAGAAACUUCUGGGGAGUAAUCAUGUAAUUUUGUCUUUGCCGUGGGGUUGCUUGUAUUAGCUCAUUGUUCAUGUGUCUGAGAUCCUUUUCACUGACAGUUUUGGGAACCUGGGAUGUUGAGUGUAAGAUGUAACGAAAGAAUUUUUCAGUUUUUAGUACAGAAAGAUGAAUCACAUGUUAUCAGUG